CCCAUCGCCCACCAGUCCCUCUCUCUUGCUGAUCAGCGCUCCACCUCAGAAACCGGCCACCCUCGAGCUAGUCUUGGUCGUGCAGCCUCUCCAUUCUCUGUGCUGGAAGAGGUGAAGACGGCCACUCCCUGACGCUUCUCUUCACAAACACUAAGAUGAAGACUUCACUUGGCUGCUUACACGCGGCCCUCGCUCUUGUCCUCGUCCUCGCCCUGCUUCAGCCAGCAGAGGGAGACUGUGGACGAAGUGACCAAAUCAAGUGUAGGACUGGGAAUCAAUGUAUCUAUACAAGCUACAUUUGCAACAAACAAUCAGAAUGUCCAGACGGUUCAGAUGAGGACCCUAAAAUGUGUAAGUUUUGGCCGACGAAGAGUCAAGAAUGCCGCUAUGAAAGUAGCAGUUAUAUCUACCAUAACGGAAACUGUCGAACAGUGGAUUAUAUGUGCCAGAACAGCGAUCGAGCCACGAACAUUUAUCACCAAGUUUGCAAGGUUAUUCUUCGGCCAAAACUGGAGUUCGAGGACGAAGGAAUGAGCACGAUACCAUUAUCUGCAGGUGGUGAGCUGCUCGCUUUGCUGAACUCAGCUGUUAACCACACUCUGAACCAAAAGUUACCAGACUGUCCCAUGCUGUACUCCCGCGUUGGAAAUGAAUGCCUUUCCUUUUUCUCACCAGCCAGGGUGUCGUGGGCCGAAGCUCGACAGUUUUGUCUUAGCAUCUACGGUGACUUGUGGCAAGCAAAGGAUCUGGCAGCGUAUGGGCGCCUAAUGGAGUACAUGCGGGAAGAAAAAUUGACCGCUAAUUACUGGAUUGGUGGACGGUACGACAUCGAUACCAACGCAUGGUCGUGGACGACGGAUGACUCCACUAUGCCCCUGGGCGUUCCAUUCUGGGCAAUUAGGUACGUGGACUCCUGCGUGCAAAGGGGACCUCCACACACCGACCCUUAUUCCGCACCGCCCGCAGCUCUACCCGGGGCCCGCUGUUAUCGAGCCGUCUUAUCUCCACAACAAAGAUCUCCGGGCUGGUGUUCUGCAAUGACCUACGAGCACUUCUACUACUGGACUGACGAGAUGUGUGAUGAAGCCUACAGCCCACUGUGCACCUUCACUGGCCCCGUCGCCGCCCCCAUUGUGGCUGACGCUCAUUAGGAAGGGACUAAUUUUUUUGCAGGUUAUGAAACCUUCCUAUGACAUGUUAAGUUAGCACGUACAGAAGGCUAUACGAAGUCUUAGCACAAUGUCUUGUAAAUUUUGUUCAGCAUCUUGAAAUAUGAUUGUCAUUGUUAUACUUUGUACACUUUGGGCUCAACAAAAUACCAUUCAAUCAACUAAUAUAGUAACGCUUUAACUAUGGCAUAUUGCAUUUAGAAAGGAUUACUGAUGUGAUGGUCAUCACAAAUUCGCCGGUGUAUCAAGGUGUAAAGCCCGGUGAGGCUAUUACGCAGCGUUGGUUGCUUAGUAGUACGUAUAAUAUAUAAAUGUAUGAGACCUGAGGCUGGUCGCUCGCCAGAGAGGCACAAGAUGGGUCACAUGGUAUGCCAGUAGGGACAUACCGUCACACCAAUGAUUGUAAGCGAGAAGAGAAAGUGUCCCAAGACUUGUCACGAUAUUUAGUGGCAGAACGUGAAGAAUCGGUCGCUCAACUACCCACACUUAACUUUUCUGUCUUGGCACGGUACUUCCAAAUUUGGGGUUAUACUUGUAGAAGGCAGGAGUAUUUGGUAGUUGGGGCCGAAGUGCACGUGGACAAUUCACAGUUAGGUUUCUCUUGUGUUCUCCAAAGUCUUCCUGAUAUACAUUGUGAAUCUUUUAUGGCGAGACUAAUGAAAAACUUUAAAAAAUAAAUUUGGUUUGUUUUGUGAGUCCAA